AUGGGGGGCGGCGGGAACGGCAGCGGGGAGCAGCCGUGGCCGUGGGCGCCCUGCGAGCCGCGGGUGUGCGCCGCGCUGCCCCUGCGGGCGCUCGCCCCCGUCACCGCCGCCUGCCUGGGGCUCUUCGUGGUCGGCGUGGUGGGCAACGUCCUGACGGUGCUGGUCAUCCGCAGCUGCCGCGAGAUGAGGACCACCACCAACCUCUACCUGGGCAGCAUGGCCGUCUCGGACCUGCUGAUCCUCCUGGGGCUGCCCUUCGACCUGUACCGGCUGUGGCGCUCCCGGCCCUGGAUCUUCGGGCAGCUGCUGUGCCGCCUCUCGCACUACCUGAGCGAGGGCUGCACCUACUGCACCGUCCUCCACAUCACCGCCCUCACCGUGGAGCGCUACCUGGCCAUCUGCUUCCCCCUCAAGGCCAAGGUGGUUGUCACCAAGCGCCGGGUCAAGGCUGUCAUUGGCAUCCUCUGGGCCUUUGCCUUCCUCUCCGCCGGCCCCUUCUUCUUCCUGGUGGAUGUGGAGCAGCCCGACAACCACACCGACUUCAGCCGCGAGUGCAAGCCCACCCCGCAGGCCAUGGAGUCCGGCCUGCUGGCCACCAUGUUCUGGGUCACCACCUCCUACUUCAUCCUGCCUGUCCUCUGCCUCAAUGUUCUCUACGGCUUCAUCGGCCGGGAGCUGUGGCGGAGCGAUGCCCGCCUGCAGGGCCCCAGCGCGGCCCUCCGGGAGAAGGAGCAUCGCCAGACAGUCAGGAUCUUGGCUGUGGUGGUUCUGGCCUUUGUAAUUUGCUGGUUGCCCUUCCACAUUGGCAGGAUCAUAUUUAUAAACACCCAGGACACCAAGAUGAUGCUGUUCUCCCAGUACUUUAAUAUAUUCGCUCUGCUGCUGUUCUACCUGAGCGCAUCCAUCAACCCUAUCCUCUAUAACCUCAUCUCGAAGAAGUACAGGGCAGCAGCCUACAAGCUGCUGGUGCCACACCGAGCUGCGGAAAGGGCUUGCACGGUAAUGAAAGAUGCUGGUGGCCUCACGGAGACCAGCGCUAGCACAAGACACGAGUACGCCACCAGCUGCUGAAAGUGCAGCCUGCACUUUUCCAGGCCUUCUCUUCCAAAGGAAAGGAACUUCUUUGUCACUGGAGAGGCAAGGGGUGUGUGUAGCCGUUUGUAUUUUGGAAUACUUGUAUUUCUGUUAAGGGAGCAAGCAGGGACUGUAAAGUAGUGAGAACGAUGUGCAGCUCAUGAAAGGUAACUCAAUAGGAAAAGCUGGAGUAAACUGCCAGUAAAA